CUCACCCCCAACAUUGAAGGUCUACCUUAGCAGCCAAGUGUGAUAACAGCUCAAUUGAACCCCAGCCUCAAUCUCACAUUCAGGGCAAGGAUAACCAGCCGAUCAACAUGGCAGGACCUCUCAAAGUGGCCGUCCUGGAUGAUUACUUCAACUUUGCCCGGUCCAUCUUCCAGAAGCUCGAUCCCAGCAGAUACGAAGUGACUAUCUUCAAAGACACGCUUCUCCCCUACAACCACCCCAAGACGCCCCAGGAUGAGAAAGACAAGCUGGCCAAGCGGCUUGAGCCGUUUCCGAUCAUCUGCACGAUGAGGGAGCGCACGCGGUUCCCCAGGGAUCUCGUCUCACGCCUGCCAAAUCUCAAGCUCCUCCUCACGACGGGCACGCGCAACAAGGGCCUGGACCUGGAGGCGUUCAAGGACCACGGGAUCCCUGUUGCGGGCGCGGUGAGCUCCGGCGACAGCACGACGCAGCACUGCGUCGCGCUGAUCCUCGCGCUGGCCCGCAACAUUGUCCCCGACGACCGGUCGGUCAAGAUGGGCGGGUGGCAGACCGGUGUGGCUGUGAGACUCUCAGGGGCAGUGCUCGGGGUGAUCGGGCUGGGCCGGCUGGGCGUCGCCGUCGCAAAGAUCAUGCACACGGCGUUCGGGAUGAAGGUGCUGGCGUGGAGCACCAACCUGACGCAGGAAAAGGCGGACGAGCAGGCGAAGGAGGCAGGCCUGCCUGUCGAGGACGAGAACGGGGAGAAGACGUUCAAGGUGGUGAGCAAGGAGGACCUGUACGGGCAGUCAGACGUGGUCAGCGUGCACGUGGUGCUGUCGGACCGGUCAAGGGGGAUGAUCACGAAGAAGGAGCUGGAGCUGAUGAAGCCCGAGGCGUUGUUUGUCAACACGUCCAGAGGGCCGCUGGUGGUGGACGAGGACCUGCAGGACGUCCUGGAGCAGGGCAAGAUCCGGGCGGCGGCCAUGGACGUGUUCGAGCUGGAGCCCCUGCCGCUCGACAGCCGCUGGCGGACGACGAAAUGGGGACAAGACGGAAGGUCGCAGGUGCUGUUGACGCCUCACACGGGGUACGCCGAGAAGGAGACGCUUACGAAGUGGUAUGAGGAGCAGGUCGCCAACAUCCUCAGGUGGGAAAGGGGAGAGCCACUGACCAACGUCAUGGCCUGAGGCUGAGGUGCUGGGAAGGUGGACGGGGCAGACGAGGCAGCAAUGCAUUGAAUGCCCAGGUGGUUAAUGAAAACAAACAGCUUUCAGCCCGAGAUGCCUCCGAACUGGGGGGAGGCAGGUGGGCUUCCUUAGGUACCUAGGUACUUUGUACCAAAGACACGAACCUGCCUUCCUGCCCUCCA